UUAUAAAUAUAGUCAAACUUCAAUAUCAUCAUUCGGACGAAUUCUACAAAUAAACUCAUUCAUUCUUUCACAUUAUUAUUUAAGACAAAUUACAUCUGAAACUGGUCAAUUCAGUAAGAAAAGAAGAAUAAACAAAUUAACAAUAUUAAUUAAUGGGGCAUGGAAAUUCAAAAUCAAACUCAUCAUCUGAUGACUCUUCUUCAAGAAACGGAAACUGUUCGAAUUCGAAACCCCGAGUGGUGGGAUCACGCCGUGAAAGAAUUAAGAAAAAGUUGCAUCUUCACAGGCGUCAUCAGCGUGGUUCGCAACACCCGAAACUUGCUAGCUUACAUGAUUUUGCCGGCAUCGCUUUGCUCACUCUUAUUUCUGCAGAAAUGAAGUUUAAGGAUAGGUGGCUUGCUUGUAUUUCUAUAGGUGAACAGACUUUUCGUACCGAGAUUUCUGACCAGACCAACAAGCCUAUAUGGAACUCUGAGAAAAAGUUUCUUUUGGAAAGGAAUGGGCCUCAUGUUGCAAAACUAACUGUUUUUGAGACAAAUAGACUUUCAAAGAACAAUCUUAUUGGGUUUUGUGAGGUUGACCUUUUUGAAUUUCUUAGUCGGGAUUCAGAUUCUGACACUGAAGUGUUUGACUUGAUGGAUCCAUCAUCCUCUAAUAUAGUAGUUGGAAACAUAGCUCUGUCAUGUACUAUCGAGGAUCCAAUUGAAACAGAGAAAAGUUUUGCAAGACGUAUCUUAUCCAUAGUUGAUUAUAAUGGUGAUGGACAAUUAUCGUUCUCUGAAUUCUCAGAAUUAAUAAAUGCAUUUGGCAAUCAACAGGCAGCUAAAAAGAAAGAGGAGCUCUUUAAGGCAGCUGACGAAAAUGGAGACGGUGUUGUCAGCAUGGAGGAACUUGCUACACUUUUGACCAUGCAGCAAGAAAAGGAGCCGCUCAUUAACUGUUGUCCUGUUUGUGGGGAGUUUUUAGAAGUUUCCGAUAGGCUGAACUCGAUGAUUCAUAUGUCACUAUGCUUUGAUGAAGGCACUGGAAACCAGGUUAUGACUGGAGGCUUUUUAACUGAAAAACAGGCUUCCUAUGGGUGGAUGUUUAAACUCUCUGAAUGGGCUCAUGUGUCAUCCUAUGAUGCAGGCUUGAACUCCGGUUCAAAAUCAUCACAUAUUCUGGUUUUUGAUCGGAAGAAAAAGAGGCUUGUGGAGGAAAUAAUCGAUGGAAAGAUUGUGUUAUCAAUGAGAGCCAUAUAUCAAUCUAAAGUUGGGCUUGGCAUCAUGGACAGAGGUGCAAAAGAAUUGUUGCAGAGCAUAUCCGAAAAGCAGGGCAAGAAAAUGAACUCACCUGAAUCUGCCAAAGAUAUACCAACAUUUCUUAAGUUCUUCAAGGAUCAAAUCAAUAUAGCAGAAGUUAAAUAUCCCAUUGAUCAUUUCAAGACAUUUAAUGAAUUUUUUAUAAGAGAGUUGAAACCUGGAUCAAGACCGAUUGCCCAUGCUGGACGUGAUGAUAUUGCUGUUUGUGCUGCUGAUUGUAGGUUAAUGGCCUUCAACACAGCCGAAGAAAGUCUCAGAUUUUGGAUCAAGGGUAAAAAGUUUUCUAUCCGAGGACUUUUGGGUAAUAUACCAUGCUCUAAUACUUUCAUUGGUGGAACCCUGGUGAUAUUUCGCUUGGCACCACAGGAUUAUCAUCGUUUCCAUUUCCCAGUUUCUGGGAGGAUUGAGCAGAUCGUUGAUAUUCCUGGAUGCUUAUAUACGGUCAACCCUAUUGCUGUAAAUAGCAAGUACUGCAAUGUGUUUACUGAGAAUAAACGUGCUGUAUCCAUUAUAUCAACUGCAGAUUUUGGCAAGGUAGCAUUUGUGGCAAUUGGAGCAACAAUGGUUGGCAGCAUCACAUUCACCAAGAAGACGGGAGACUAUGUCCAAAAAGGAGACGAGUUUGGGUAUUUCUCAUUUGGUGGAAGUACAGUCAUUUGUGUCUUUGAAAAGGACUCGAUCGCAUUAGACGAGGACCUUUUGGCUUACAGUGCAAGAUCAAUCGAGACCCUAGUUUCCGUUGGAAUGCAGUUAGGCGUCUCUGUAAAGAAAAGGGCAGAACUUCCAUUGCCUGACAUUAGAAACAUCAGUAUCUUUUAGGUACUGUAAAAUGCAAACCCUGAAAGUCAAGUAAGGGGUAUAAAGUAACUUUAGUCUUCAGCUAGAUAUAUAUUUGACAUAUACUCCUAUCUUAACCACUUGGUUCAUUUUUCCAAUCCCAUCUAACUGUUUAGAUAACAUUAAUGUCAGCUAUGAAUCCCAAAUCACUGUUUUAUCUUUUUGUUAUCUUGCAAUCACUUGCUUUACUAUCA